AUGAAUUUUGACAAGACAAUGCAAGGAGCUUUAGACACAUUCAAGCUAGCAAAAGAUUUUAAGAAAGGACGAGACAUUCUACCAUUCACAUACGCAGACUUCUUUGCAGAGAAAAACACUCUGCUGGAGAACUUGGGACUAUCCUGGAAGCAGAGAAUUGGGUGCAUGCUCAUUUCAGCUGUACUUUCAAUGUUCUUCUUUUUUAGAUCUCUAAUGUCUUUAUUUUCACUUCCAAUCACUCCAGAGGUAUUUGGAUGGAAUUUCACUAUGUUCUCCAUCUUCAUUCUCUCUACUCUCUGCUUUUUCAGCGGAUUUAAGACUUUCUUCAAGAACACUCUAUCCCGUGAAAUGGUCGCUUACACAGGGGCAUACGUGACUACUGCAGUUGCUACAUUAAUAUGCAAGAGAUGGAUUUACUUUAUACGCCUGCCAUGCACACUAUCAAUGGUGGUCGCAUUCUUACUAUUUAUAUAUGCAUACAGCACAAAGAAAUUCAAGAGUGGCAUGCGCGGCCUAGGAAGCACUCUUUCUAUAUUCUAG